AAAAGGUUUUUAGGAUGAAAAAUGAUAGAAGGGACAUAACUAACGUAGACGAAUCCAUUGCCAUUCUAUCAAGAAGACUGAACCAAGGAGCAGAGAUGUGAAAAGUGAGUUUGAAGAAGAAGAAGAAGAAGAAGAAUAUUGAAAUCCUGAAAAUGCCUCCACAGGUUCCUCAACCAAUCAAACCCAACAAGUUCUACUUCUUCUACGGCCACCGGAAACCCUCCCAGAAUCGCCCCACCGUCCGCGGUGGCCUCUUCUCCAACCGCCAAACCAUAAACCCCUCUUCCACAUCCAAGCACAAACCUACACCUUUCAACAUCAAAGACUGGGACCCUCAUUUCCUCUCCAACCCUUCUCCUCCCUCCUCUUCUCCCUCCCGCACCAUCCGCCUCUCUCCGAUCGCCCGUUUCAUCGUUGACGCCUUCCGCAAAAACGACAACAAGUGGUGCCCCAACGUCGUUGCAGAGCUCAAGAAGCUCCGCAGAGUGCCCCCAAACUUGGUCGCGGAGGUGCUAAAGGUUCAAACAAACCACGCUCUGGCCUCCAAGUUCUUCCACUGGGCGAACAGCCAGAAAGGGUACCAUCACAAUUUCGCCUCCUACAAUGCCCUCGCCUACUGCUUGAACCGCGGCCACCAGUUCCGCGCGGCGGACCACCUCCCCGAACUGAUGGACUCGCAGGGGAGGCCCCCCAGCGAGAAGCAGUUCGAGAUUUUGAUCAGGAUGCACUCUGACGCCAACCGAGGGCUUAGGGUCUACCACGUGUAUGACAAAAUGCGGAACAAGUUUGGGGUGAAGCCGAGGGUGUUUUUGUACAACAGGGUCAUGGAUGCGUUGUUCAGGACUGGCCAUUUGGAUCUGGGCUUGUCGGUUUAUGAUGAUUUCAAGGAGGAUGGGUUGGUUGAGGAGAGUGUGACUUUCAUGGUUUUGGUGAAGGGGCUGUGUAAGGGUGGGAGGAUUGAUGAGAUGUUGGAGGUUCUGGGGAGAAUGAGGGAGAGGUUGUGUAAGCCCGACGUGUUUGCGUAUACGGCGCUGGUUCGGAUUCUGGUUCGGGCGGGGGAUCUGGAUGCCUGUUUGAGGGUUUGGGAGGAGAUGAAGAGGGAUGGAGUGGUGAUGGAUCCCAAGGCUUAUGCUACUAUGAUUGUGGGGCUGGCUAAAGGGGGUAAGGUUCAGGAGGGGUAUGAGUUGUUCAAGGAGAUGAAGAGUAAGGGUAUUUUGGUGGAUAGGGUGAUAUAUGGAAAGCUGGUUGAGGCUUUUGUAGCUGCGGGUAAGGUUGGAUUGGCUUUUGAUCUGUUGAAGGAUUUGGUGAGCUCAGGGUAUACUGCUGAUUUGGAGAUUUAUAAUUGCCUUAUUGAAGGUUUGUGUAAUUUGAAGAAGCUGCAGAAGGCUUACAAGCUUUUCCAGGUGACUGUUCGGGAGGGGCUUGAGCCAGACUUCUUAACUGUGAAACCGCUGUUGGUAGCUUAUGCUGAAGUAAAUAGGAUGGAAGAGUUUUCCAAGUUGCUUGAGCAGAUGGAGAAAUUGGGUUUUCCGGUUGUUGCUGAUCUCUCCAAAUUCUUCUCCCUUUUGGUGGAGAAGAACGGACCGAUAAUGGCUGUUGAGGCAUUUGCUCACUUGAAAGAAAAAGGUCAUGUGAGUGUUGAAAUAUACAAUAUUCUUAUGGAUUCUCUUUACAAGACUGGUGAGGUGAAGAAAGCAUUAUCUCUAUUUGAUGAAAUGAAAGGCUUGGGCAUGGAACCUGACUCGAUCACAUAUAGUAUUGUGAUUUUAUGCCUUGUCGAUCUUGGUGAAAUUCAAGAGGCAUGUGUAUGUCAUAAUAAGAUCAUUGAGAUGUCUUGCAUUCCUUCUGUUGCAGCUUAUAGGAGCCUUACCAAAGGGCUUUGCAAAAUUGGAGAGAUCGACGAAGCCAUGAUGCUUGUUCGUGAUUGCUUAGGCAGUGUUAGUGAUGGACCAACGGAGUUUAAGUAUAGUCUUACAGUUAUUCAUGCAUGUAAAUCAAAUGAUGCCGAGAAGGUGAUUGAUGUACUAAAUGAGAUGAUGGAACAAGGUUGCUCUUUAGACAAUGUAAUAUAUUCUGCAGUCAUCUCUGGCAUGUGUAAGCAUGGAACGAUUGAAGAGGCUAGGAAGGUUUUCUCAAACUUGAGGGAGCGCAACUACUUGACAGAAUCUGAUACAAUUGUGUAUGAUGAAUUACUAAUCGAUCAUAUGAAGAGAAAGACAGCAGACUUAGUACUAUCAAGCUUGAAGUUCUUUGGUCUCGAAUCAAAAUUGAAAGCAAAGGGCUGUAAGCUGUUGCCAGGUUGAAAAAUAGUAAUGGGGACUGAUUGUUCUCAUUUUUUUAAAACAUGUUGAAUUCAGAAAAAGCAUUUCGGAGGACCGACAGUUGUUUUUAUCUGGAUAUGGUUAGCUUUGAUAUUCAAUUUCGUGGCACGAAACACAGAUUGCUGGACGGAGAUGCUUGCAUAUCUUUAGCAUUGGACAGUUGUAUUAUAAAGAUCAUAAAUUGCCGGUUGCAAA